AUGGCAACAUCCACCAGUCUGCUCUGCCCCCCAUCCUCAUACCUCUCAGAGGUGCUGAGUGUGUGCAACUGUAACCGAUAACCGAGAGGCUGCAAGAUGGCGAUUACGCGGCUCGUGGCUUGUUUGCUUCUGUGCACCGGCUUCGGCCACAUACCAUCCUCGCUCGGGGUAAUCCUCCGGACCACAGACAAGAUUGUUUGGGCAAAUGAGUUUGAGCCCAUCGAACUGACCUGUUUGAUAGAGUCCAUAUCCACAAACAACCCGAGGAUCGAAUGGAAAAAGAUUAAGAACGGUAUCCCCAGUUAUGUGUACUUUCAGAACAGAAUAGCAGGGGACUUGGAGCACAGAGCUCAGCUCAGAGAGCCAGCCAACAUCGUGAUCUUCAACACCAGUCGGUCGGACACAGCCGAGUACCGCUGCGAGGUGGCCGCCAUCGAUGAUCAAAGGGACUUUGAUGAGAUACUGAUUAGUCUUGCAGUGAGAGUGAAACCUGUCGUACCGCGGUGCAGCGUGCCAGAGGCAGUCACGGUUGGAACAUCGACCGAGCUGCGAUGUCUGGAGAACGAGGGCUUCCCUGCUCCUCAGUACCGCUGGUUCCACAACAGUGAGGAGCUUCCUCAGGACCCCAAAAUCAGCCCCAAGCUGGUCAACUCUUCAUACAGCAUCAACCCUGACACCGGAAGCUUGAAAUUUCGAUGGGUGAGGAAGGAGGACGCAGGGGAGUACUACUGCCAAGCAAAGAAUGAUGCCGGACAUGCACAGUGUCCCUCACAAACGAUGGAAGUCUAUGACGUCGACAUCCUCGGGAUUUUCCUCAAGGUGUGUGGUGUGGUGACUGUUCUCUUGUCUUUUGGUGCUUUCCUUUGUCAUUGCCUUAAACAUGGAUGCCUCUCCAAAAAAGGCCUCAAUGAAAAUAACUUCAACUGGCCAGCACAGAAUGAUGCCGUUGAAUAUGCCGAUGCAGAUGAGGGCCAUUUCCGCCAUAAGUCCUCAUUCAUCAUUUGACAGCAGAGAAGGAGGACAAGAUGAAACCAAGACAAAAGCAAAAAACUGUUGAGGUUGAAUUGCUACAAUGAUUUUCCAGAUGGUAAAGUUUGAGGGGUAACAUGGCACAUUAUUCUUGGAUGCACAUCAAAAUGAAAUCAACAAACUUGCCAAAGUAAUUUUUAUAUAAUUUUGUUUUUGUUGUUUUUUAUAGUGUGAUAGCAUUUUUUUCCUGUUAAUAUUACAUUCUAUUUACAAAAGAAAUUCACUCCAUGUUUUGUUUGUUUUAACUCUUUUGCCACAAUAUUUAUAUUAUACAUUAAAACCAUUUCAAAGCUGUGGAAUUGGAUAUUUGGCCCAUGGUGUCAAGGCAAAAGAUGCUAAAAGCUACAUUCCUUCCACGUUUUUUGAACAAAACUCUUAAACUUUUUACUGAGCACACUUAUUUUACAUAACUCAUUUACAUUAUAUUUUUCAUGAGAUAAAAUUGUAUUAUUUUUUUCACAUGGGGAUAAGUUGUUACUGUUUAACUGUUUUUGUACAUACUGUCGUUAUACAGGCAAUAAGCAGCAGACUGUAAAAGACUGAUGAGCUCAGAUUCAUGAGGCACAAUUUAUUAGCCUUUAUUAUAUUCACAGAUGAUAACAACUCUAUAUGAGUGCAGUGAAACGUGAGUUUCAAACAACAUAUAUCCCACUAUGCUGCAAAGUCAAUAUGUACUAUAAAGAUGGUAAAGUAUGAUUUUAGAGUGCGGUUUCUGUGUAUAAGUGACCUUCUAUGCUUUACUAAUUAUUUUGUGAGUAUUGGACACAUUGUCCGGUUUUUACUCAGUAUUUGAUGUACAUAAAUACAUACAUCUUUGAUCUUUUGAUUAGCAUAUAUUGCAAUCCGAACCUUAUUGUAAAUACUGCAAAGAAACAUUUGUUGGAAAUACAUUUACAGUAUUCACUGUUCCGUGUGUAUCUGCAGUGUUGAGCCUGUCAUUUCAAACAUUAGUGUCAAUGAUUUGUGUAACAACUCAGGAACUGUUGUAAAAUGUCCACUGUUCAUUUGAUAUAUUAAUGUUUUAAGUUCUUGUUCUUUUGUUACUAUUAAAUGCGUUUGAAUUCUAAA